CAACACUCCGACAACGACCACCUGGCCCUUACGCCGCCGACGCCAGGAGCGACACCGUCUGGUGGGACCAAAGCGCGUGAAACAUCCCGUUGAAGGCGAGGAACGAAAUGAUGUGGUUCUGGGAUCCACCACUGCGCGUAAGAAGAGCCGUUGGAGACUUCCGCGACAAUAAGAUUCGUGAAGCGCGGUAUGAAGGCUAUGCUUACCGGAACAGCCAGGUUGGACGGUUCCUUCGUAAACCUGACUGGAAAAAGAUCCAGCUGCAGCCGCUCGAGAAGAACCUGUACGAGGAGCAUCCGGCUACGACAAGCCGGUCGAUGGCCAAAGUUAACGCCUACAGAAAUGUCAACGGUAUAUCGGUGAAAGGUAACAACGUCCCGAAGCCCAUCCUUGCUCUGGAAGAGUCCAACUUCCCGGACUUCAUCGUCAAGAGCAUCGAGGCCUCACGCGACCACGCUUCGCCCACGUGCAUCGAGGCACACUGCUGGCCCAUCGCUCUGAGGUGCAGGAACUUUCUGGGCAUCGCGGAGACGGGAUCACACAAGACGCUCGCCUACCUCGUGCCGGCAGUCAUGCACGUCAGCCGGCAGCCGCCCCUGCAACAGGGAGACGGACCCAUCGCCGUCGUGCUGGCUCCGACACGAGAGCUGGCCAAGCAGAUUCACAACGUAGCCUUAGAAUUGUGUGAGUUCGCCGCAUUGCGAAGCGUGUGCGCCUCGAGCGGGGAGCCCAAGGAAGGUCAGUACGAGGAGCUGAAGAAGGGCUGCCACAUCUGCGUGGCCAGGCCUAGGCGCCUCAUCGACUUCCUCGAAGAAGGCAAGCUGAAUCUGCACCGCUGCACGUACCUCGUGCUGGACGAGGUAGACCGCACGCUGGCAAUUGGUUUCAAAUCUCAUGUCCUCAAGGUUGCCGAGCUCUGCCGUCCGGAUUACCAGACGUUAAUGUGGGUCACAUCCUGGCACAAGGAGCUCAAGCCCUUUGUCGAGGGCCUGCUCUACGACCGCAUCGAAAUCGAGUUCGGGACGGCGCAGCUACCCGCUGAAGGUAGCGUGGAGAUGACAGCCGACGUUUGCCAGGAAGAAGAGAAGGAAGCGAAGCUAGCCCAGCUCUUGGACGACGUGCUCAAGGAAAAGUCGAAGAAAGCCGUUGUCUUCACCGACACGAAGAGGAAAGUCGACGAGAUUGCAUGGAAGCAGCGACUCCGGGGCUGGUCUGCCAUCGGCCUUCACGGCAAUAAGACGAAAGAGGAGCGCGACUGGAUCGUUUCCAUGUUCCGGACUGGUGCGUCAAGCGUGCUCGUGACGACAGACAAGGUCGCGCAUGACUUGCUCCUCGAGAACGUGCGUCUGGUGGUGAACUACGACUGCCCGCACUGCUCGGAGGUCUACACGCGCAGGUCGAGCCAUGUCGCGCGUUCAGGUGAACCAGGCCUGGUUCACACGUUCGUCAUUCCGACCCAGCAGCUGUAUGCCGAAAAACUGAUAGCAAUUCUGGAGGAUGCCAAGCAGCCCGUUAAAGCACAGCUGUACAAUAUGGCAAAGAAAGCUCGUUCUAAACGACGACGCGUUUGACACCGGCGCUGGGGGAGGUGCCCGGGCCGACGGCGGCCCAAGGAAGGAACUCGGUGUCAUGAGGAAAGCUUAUAAAAUUGCCUGCCUUUGCUUAAGUGGUACAAGAGGCAGCAGCCUGUUUACUAGACUAUGCGAAGUGAAAAUUAUAUAACUGUAUAUAAACUUCAGUCUAUUGAUUUUAA